AUGCCGCUAUCCUUCGAACCCACCGAAGAAAAUCCGAAUGCAUGGGAUUUAAGGCCGCACGAACGUCAUGAACUCAAACCAUACGAAGAAUUCUACCUUCAAACAAUCCGCAGAGUUACUUCUCAAGCCACAGUGUUCAGUGGAAUGGUAUCUUUCCUGUUCUUCUACCUUGUCAUUUUCCGCACUACCGGAGAUCUACGCAGAUACAAGCCCAUCUUCUUGAUAUGCUCAAUCACUGACAUUACGUUUUAUAUGGUUAACACGUUUGUUCAAAUUGUAAGGCGAGGUUUCGGAUGCACUCAAAUUUUCAGAAGGCCAAACUGAAAGAUGGGGUGUUUAUGGUGCGUCUUGAGGGGAUCGCACAGGAUUACAGCCGCAAUGUCCAGUUGUUUUCGGUUGCCGGCUUCGUAUUCGCGUUGUUUUUGGCGAUCACUGUGCUUCCGUCACAGUACUAUUAUCGCUAUUAUAUCCUGAAGUAGUAAGUUUGCUAUCUCAAAUUUCAUACCUUUUCCUGACCUUAAACAGGGUCGCGCUUGGAUCUGAAACCUUUUAAUUUCAGCGGGCAGGCUCUGCCAAAAGUUAAAACGGUCGCUUUAUUCUCGAUUUCGUAUAUGGUAGCCAUCCCAUUCGGUGUCUUGGCUUUCUUUGCCUAUGGUUACAGUGCAUGCAGAGCAGGGUUUAAUUACGGACAGCUUUGGUUCCCUGAAGUCCCUUUGCCUGUGGUUUUCUAUGCUGAUACAGUAAGUCUACAAAGCAGGAAGCAUGAAGAAUAGAGAAGCUUUUCGAAAAAUACUUUUUUGGCCUUGCAGAACGCCGAUGAAAACCCAAAAAAAACUUCCGACUUUUUCAGAGAAGCCCUAUUAUGAUGAUGUAUUUCGGCGUUGGCGGCUCGAUAAUCACUGCCGCGUACUUGGUGCUACUUUACAUUGGAUACAAGACUCUCAUACAUUUCAAAAGCGGCGUGUAUUCAAAUCGUGCAAAGUCUAUGCAAAAACAACUUACCAUGUUCCUAAUUACGCAGGUGGGCUAUGAAUAGGUUGCUCUUUCGAUAAUGUAGUGCGAGUACAAAGUUUGAGAAAUUUAAUUGGAGGAAAUUGCAUCCAAAACUUCCUAAAACACAUUCACUGACAGUAUUUUGGACUUGACUUUUUCACACAAUGCAAUCCUUUUUUAUAAAUAAGAUAGACCCAAACUUUCAAAAAAAUUUGUGCGCUUUUCUUGCACACGGAGCGGAGCGAUCAAGUUUAGCCGUCAAUUUCAGAGUGUGAUUCCAAUCUUUGUGUCGAGCGGCCCCAACGUGUUCCUGGUCGUCUGUUGUUUCCUGCGUUUGGAUCCGGGCAUCUUGACGACGUUUGUUGUGGACCUAAUGGGACUCUUGCCAAUCUGCAAUCCAGUGCUGAGUAUAUUCGUCAUAAAACCAUAUCGUCGCACAAUUCAAGGGGUGUUUGUUGAGCCCAAGGUGUCCUACGCCGUUACUUCUGUUUCGAAAUAA